UCAUGGUAGUUAUUUCUUGAACAGCUGAUCUAGAUCGAUAAAACUAUGGCAACGUAGAGGAAACAAACCCCCACUUGCUGUUCGAUACGACAAGUAGUGCCAGACAGAGUAUUCUUUUUUGCUAUUAAACAAGCAUAAAUCUGCAUAAAUCUAGAUAAAAUCUAUUGUAUAAUUCUCGCCCUAGUUUAUCCACACUCGUCGCCAUACAGACUCUGCGGGCAAUCAUCGAGGGACGCUCCAAUGGGCGUCCUUCCUCAGCGCGAGUCAUGGACAUUAAGGACAGCAGCGACGAAGAGGAUGAGACAAGACACGACGUCGCGUUUAGUAAAUUCGACGAAAGCAUCGUAGUACGAAACGCUGAGGAGGUGAAGAGCCCGGUAAAUCGUCGGCCUGUGAGUUCUUCUAGGAAAACCAGGAAAAGCAUGACAAGCGACAGCUCGAAUACGUUAGAAUCCAGCUCGCCGCAUGACAGGAAGCACGAAUUUAGAAGAUACUCGAACAACGAAGUCGGCUUCGACAAAUCAGAGAGGAUUGACAGCGAUCCAUCGGACAGUGAAGAAAGCGAUGACGAUGACAUACAAGGCACGAAUGUUACGAAUCCGAUCGACCUGUACGACCCCAAAGAGUUCGAGAAUCUGGAGGCGUCGACGGAAGUCAAGGAACUGUUUCAGAAUAUAAGCAGGUAUGCGCCGCAGAAGAUUGAGCUGAGCUACAAGCUGAUGCCGUUCAUCCCUGAUUACAUACCUGCGGUCGGCGACAUAGACGCCUUCAUAAAGGUACCUCGGCCCGACGGUGUCGAGGAUAAGAUUGGUCUGACGGUGUUGGACGAGCCUUGUACUGAUCAAUCGGAUCCAGCGGUGUUGCAGCUGCAGUUGCGUACCCACUCGAGGAGUGCCAAUGCUGCAGCUAGGCAGGCGGUUGUUAAAAGGAUCGAGGAUGCCGAGAAAAACAGCAAAGCAAUCGACAAAUGGAUCGACGACAUGAAUCAGCUACAUCGGAGCAAACAUCCGCCGGCGGUGCACUUGAAUCACGCGAUGCCAGACAUCGACAAUCUGAUGCAGCAGUGGCCACCGCAGGUGGAGGACAAGCUCAACGAGCUGCAACUGGACCUGUCGGAGCUCGACUGUGACUUGCCGCAAUUGGUCGACAUAGUCUGCAACUUUUUGGAUAUUCCCACACAGGAUAACGCCAGACUGGAAGCUCUUCACACACUGUUCACGUUGUACCUGGAAGUUAGAAACGCCGAUAACCGAAACUUUAGUUAGCAUUAGUGUAUAUUGCAAAUAUAUCGUAUUCUAAGAUAUUUAAAAAAGUAGUGUUCCUUAUUUUACAUUUGGAAUUUUAUGCGCAUUCCAGUGAUGUAAACAUAAAUUGGAAUUAUUAAAAUUAUAAGAACAAAUACGAUAGACUAGAUUUAAG